AUGGAUGGUGUCAUAAAGAGCAUAUUUACAUUCAUUUUAAUUGUGGAAUUUAUAAUUGGAAAUGUAGGAAAUAGUUUCAUAGUUCUGGUGAACUGUAUUGACUGGGUCAAGAGAAGAAAGAUCUCUUUAGUUGAUCAGAUUCUCAUUGCUUUGGCAAUCUCUAGAAUUAGUCUGGUUUGGUUAAUAUUUGGAAGCUGGUGUGUAUCUGUGUUUUUCCCAGCUUUAUUUGCCACUGAAAAGCUGUUAAGAAUGCUUACUAAUAUCUGGACAGUGACCAAUCAUUUUAGUGUCUGGUUAGCUACAAUCCUAGGUACUUUUUAUUUUCUCAAGAUAGCCAAUUUUUCUAACUCUAUUUUUCUCUACCUAAAGUGGAGAGUUAAAAAGGUGGUUUUAGUGCUGCUUCUUGUGACUUUGGUCCUCUUGUUCUUAAAUAUUUUACUGAUCAUCAUUCAUAUAAAUGCCAGUAUCAAUGGAUACAGAGGAAACAUGACUUGCAGUUCUGCUUCAUGUAACUUUACACGAUUUUCCAGUGUUAUUGCAUUAACCAGCACUGCCUUCAUUUUAAUUCCCUUUACUUUGUCCCUGGCAACUUUUCUUCUGCUCACCUUCUCCCUGUGGAAACAUUGUAAGAAGAUGCAGCACACUGUCAAAGGAUCCAGAGACGCCAGCACCGAGGCCCACAGUGGAGUUACGAAAACUGUGAUCACUUCGCUCCUACUCUAUUCCAUUUUCUUUCUGACUUUUUUCAUAUCAGUUUGGAUCUCUGAAUGGUUGAAGGGAAAUCUAAUUAUUAUUCUUUCUGAGAUGAUGGGAAUGGCUUAUCCUUCAGGUUACUCGUGUGUUCUGAUUCUUGGAAACAAGAAGCUGAGACAGGCCUCUCUGUCAGUGCUGUGGUGGCUGAGGUACAGGUUUAAAGAUGGGGAGCCCUCAGGUCACAAAGAAAUUAGGGAAUCAUCUUGAAUAUGAUAGAAAAAAAUAAUUCAUAAGAAAUUAUUGUAUGUUAGAUAAAUUUAUAUUUCCUCAAGAUUUUUUCAUUGUGUAUAACUUUGUGAAUUUUACAAAGGUGUGUUUGGAAUCAACACCAUCCAAACAUAUCACAAAUUAGGCUAUAUGAAAGUACGUAUAUUACCAUACAGAGAAGAAUGUGAAUACUAUAAAGAGUUCUUAUACAAACAGAUAAUAUAGAUUUUGUAUCAAUCAUUAACCUUUUUGAGAUUUUAAAUGAGAAACCUAUAAUGUAUAAGAUGCAUGUGUAUGUAUGUAUGUGACACAGUUACUAAAAACUAGACUGCUUAGCCUUACAUCUCAAUCUGGUAGAUAAAGUACAUAAAAGAAUAUGGAAUUUUAGUACCUAUAUUAAAUAUUUUUAGUUUUUGUAUAAUAUUUAGUACCUGAUUAACAUGUAUGCAAAAAAGUAAUUUGCUUUGUUUGUUGAAUUAGAAGUCAGCUGCCUUACUAAAUGAUCACAUUUGCUUUGCUCAUUCUCUUGUCUUUGCCGAUAGAAAAUUAUAUCCUCUGCAUAUAGUGAUUUAUAAUGAUUAUUUUACUUUUCCAUUUCACUACUUGUAAUUCUUUUUUUUGGGAUCAGUUGUAUAAUGAAAUGGUUUGAACAUUCAAAGUGUUAAGUAAUUGUGAUCGUAACUGCUGUCUUUGCAAAUGGAGUGUUUUCUAGUGUUUUAACAAUAAAUAUAAUACUGACUCUAGCUUUGAGAUAAAUUCUUUUAAAAAUAAUCUUCAGGGAGAAUAUUUGUUUCCUACAUUCCUGUGUGUAGUAGUAUAAUAAAAUCUCUGUUAA